UCAAAUAUCACUUCCGGGUUGUUCGCGCCAUAAAAUUCGUGUCUUUUGUUGAUCAAGGAAAGAUUUUUGGAUAGAAUCGCUUCAAAUACGGGUUUAUAUACUAAUAAAAGAUCAUCCGAAGACACUGGCACCAAAGAAUUGUUUGCAUCAUCAUCAGAAUCGAUCAUCUUUUAAAUUCCAAAGCAAGAUGUUGGAAUAAAUCGAUGAGGAAUUCCUGUGAAAUAUUGCUUCUUAACUGAAAUUAAUAGCAACAUUCCUCUACCACAGUCCGGAGUUUCUAUAAAUGGAUUUUGCUUACAAAUUAAAGUUGGUUGGAUUUACAAAAGAAACUUGCUGAAUCCCCAAGCAUCAACGAAGACGACGAAGAUGUUUGUAAGAAAUGAACUAAAAAAGUUGGAACCAUAUUUUUGUGAAAGAAGGAAAAGGAAUGGUGUUUGAUAUUUCAAUAUUUGAUUUUUGCUAAAACAAUGUCAAGGAAAAUAAGGAAAUCAUAUCACUGUGAUAUCUGUGGUAGAUUGUUUUCUCAAAGUGCUGUCUUAACUAUACACAAACGUAGUCAUACAGAAGAGAAACCAUAUCACUGUGAUAUCUGUGAUAAAUCAUUCUCUCAAAGUAGUGGCUUAACUUCUCACAAGCGUAGUCAUACAGGAGAGAAACAUCAUUGCUGUGAUAUCUGUGGUAAGCCAUUCUCUCAUAGACAUAGCAUAACUAGGCAUAAACGUAUUCAUACAGGUGAGAAACCAUAUCAGUGUGAUAUCUGUGGUAAAUCAUUUUCUGCGACAAAUUGUUUAGCUUCUCACAAACGUUCUCAUACUGGAGAAAAGCCAUAUCACUGUGACAUCUGUGGUAAAUCAUUCUCUCAAAGUUGUAGCUUAACGUCUCAUGAACGUAGUCAUACAGGAGAGAAACUGUACUGCUGUCAUAUCUGUGACAAGUCGUUUUCUCAGAAACAUCACAUGACUAGACAUCAACGUAUCCAUUCAGGUGAGAAACCAUACAGGUGUGAUAUCUGUGACAAAUCAUUUGCUGGGAGUAACGACUUGAUUAAACACAAACGUAUUCACACAGGAGAGAAACCAUAUCACUGUGAUAUCUGUGGUAAGGCGUUCUCUCAAGGUUGUAACUUAUCUGCUCACCUGCGUACUCAUACAGGUGAGAAACCACAUCACUGUGAUGUCUGUGGUAAAUCAUUCUCUCGAUUUGAUAGCUUAACUAAACACAAUCGUAUUCAUACAGGAGAAAAACUACAUUAGUGUAUUAGUGUGGUAAAUCAUUGAUACGAAAAGGUGAUUAACUAAACACAUGAAUUCUUACAGAAGAGAAGACCAUGUCUCUGUGAUAUCUGGUAAAUCAUUCUCUUAGAAAUAUACCAUAACUUGUGGGUUCCCCUGUUGUAAACGACAGGCAAGGGCUCUGCAGUUCCUUGCUGAACAGACUGCACAGAUGAUCUGUUUAUUGUGAUCAAAUGUUUGUGCUGUACAUCAGCUCACUUCCUCCAUCAAAUCAAUAUUGCUUGACAGAUGCAAGGUGUGUCAGUGUGUCACUCAUCAGCUAUGAAGUGUCUUGCUCAAGAACCCAAUGACAAGCCCAGGAAUUGAAACCACAGUCAAAAGAUUGUGGAUGUGACACCCUGGGUACGAAGCCAUUCACCCUCACAAAUACUGUAACGAGAUAGAAAUGCAUUCAUGCGAGAGAUCGCUGCCAGAUCUGUGGUAAAUCAUUCUCUCAAGGUUGUAACUUAUCUGCUCACAAAACAUUUACCUGUGUGAUAGAGUAUUAUUUAUGGUGCCUAGAACUAAUAAUCUGACACCACAAGGUGAGUAAAAGGUAUUUAAAGUUUUAUGAAUGAGGGAAAUUGUUGGAAAUCUUGUCUCGUGUUCUGGGUAAUCUUGUUGCCAUUGUAUGGAAGAUAAUUUUCUCUGUUCCUCAUUCAUUGACAAACACAAACACUCUAACGUCUACAAUUGUAAAUAAGGAAUUUGGAUUUCAUUAUGUAACCAUGGUAAAGAGAAAUAAAUAUGAGUUUGGUUGAAAUAUAUU